UUGUUUUAUAACUUCCUUUUGGUCCCUUCUAUCUAUUACUCUUUAUUAUUUUCUAUAUACUUAUAUUCCAACAUGUAUUGAAUUGCUCUCUAAAAGCAGACUCAACCUCUUUUUUUUUGUACAAAAACAGAUAACAACAAGAAACAAAUACCAACUUGGUAAUUUUUUUUAUAUAACACUAUGAACCUAUUUGAAUCUCGACAUACAGCCCUUUGGCAUUAUUCGACUUAGUCACUUUUUAUCAAACAACACGCAAACUUCCUUCUAUAUAUAUAAUUCUUUAUAACAACAUCAACAAGUCUAAAUUAUUUUGCUCUCUCUUUCUCUCUAACUGAAAAAUAUACUCCUGAUACAAAUAUGGUCAAUCAAGAUACAUACUGGUCUCAACUCUCUGCUUCUAUGGUCGACAAGAUUGUCGGCGAAGAAUUUCAACUCCUCGAAGUGCUUGGCCAUGGUGCCUAUGGUUGCCUCUUUUUAGGCCAAUCGCUUCAAGAUAACUCCUACGUCGCCGUCAAGGUUCUUUCAAAAUCAGGUCUCGACCUUCAACAACUUCAACUCCAGCAACUCGAAAUUGAUAUUCAAAUGUCUCUCAAACAUUCUAGUCUCUUGGCUCUUCAUCGCGUCAUUCAAGAUACAGGCUACAUCUACAUGGUCAUGGAACUUUGUGACCAAGGUGAUCUUUUUGAUUACGUUAUUCGGGACCAAGAUGUGAAUCCUAUUCGUGAAGAACACAUGGUCAAGAAGCUUUUCACACAAAUUCUCGACGGUGUUGAAAGCAUGCACGCUGCCGGUGUUUAUCAUCGUGACCUCAAGCUUGAAAACAUUCUCUUAAGGUGUGAAGACGAUGAAGACGAAGACGAGUUCACCUGUAAAGUUGCUGAUUUCGGUUUGGCUACUAGAGAACGCUAUUCUAUGGAGUUUGGUUGUGGCUCUACUUCUUACUUGGCUCCUGAACAUUUUGAUGACGACAAGCAAGUUGAACUGGUUCCUUAUGAUGCUGCUGCUUCUGAUACAUGGUCCCUUGGUAUCCUUUUGUUGGCUUUGAUGUUUGGUCGCAACCCUUGGCAAGAAGCAUCUUCUGCUGAUCCUGCCUUCAACGAAUUCAAACGCAAUCCCAUCAUGCUUAAGCAACAAUUGUUCCCCGAGUUGUCUGAUGCUACCUAUCGUCUCCUUGAAUCUGUCUUGACUAUCGACGGUUCUGAUCGUCCUUCUGUGGCUGAAAUGAAAGAACAAUUCUUGGCUAUUGAUCGUAUUUAUGAUGAUCAAGACGAAGAUUACUUGGACGACAAGAAGGAGUCACCUGUUUCUAUUCCCACUGCUACUACUAAGCAUGCUGAUAUGAACUCAUUCGAUUCUGCCUUCUUUAGUGGUGGUAAUGGUUCUUCUUGGUCUGACAUGGUCGAAGAAGAUGAAGAAUUAGCCCGUAAAUCUGAUUUCGACCAUUAUGUGUCUCCUGCCAUGUCUCAUUACGAUGAAGACGAUACUGAAAUGUUUGUCCAUAGUGGUGAAAAAGAAUCAUGGUGGUUGUAAAAAAAUAUCAUACCUACACUAUACAAUUAAUACGAUUUUCUUUAUUCAAAUAAAUUUAAUGGCCAAUAAGCAUAUAGCUUAAAAGCUGAAUUCCCCUCUGA